AUGCGGGGCAUGAAGAUCAUUAAAGAAGAGGGCUUUCACCUGAUCUUGAGGACCAGUAGCACCAACGACAUCAGCAAGAACGGUAGCAAGAGAGCGGCGGAGGGGCCGCGGCGGCGGCGGGAGGAGCGGCCGCGGUGGCGCCGGGCGGCGGGCGGAGGAGCCAUUGAGGCGCCGGACUUCGGGCGGAGGGGCUGCGGCGGCGCCGGGCAGAGGGGCGUUGGGCGGAGGAGCCGAGGCGGCGGCGGGCGGUGGGCGGAGGGGCCGCGGCGGUUCCAGGUGGAGGGGUGGUGGGCGGAGGGGUCGCGGCGGCGCCGGGCGGAGGGGCGGUGGGCGGAGGGGCCGCGGCGGCGCCGGGCAGCGGGCGGAGGGGCCGCGGCCGUGGCGGGCGGAGGGCCGUGGCGGCAUCGGGCGCCGGGCGGAGGGGCCGCAGCCGCGUCGCAACUCAGAGGGAGGGGAGAAGGUAGAGAUCUUGUCCUUAAGGAAGACCCACCUUCGUAG